CACCAUACAUGGAUGCUAGACGUUAUUUCGGGUUGCUAACUAGAGGCUAUAAAAACCUCCAAGUGCAUUUAACUACCACUCGAUCUGCAGACAGCACUUAGACGAGUCCGAGGUGUGGUGUGUGAGUGGUUUUUGACGAUUUGGAAAAAGUUGAGUAAAUCCCAGCCAUGUGCGACGACGACGUAGCCGCCCUCGUGGUGGACAACGGUUCCGGCAUGUGCAAGGCCGGCUUCGCGGGCGACGACGCCCCCCGAGCCGUCUUCCCGUCCAUCGUGGGCCGUCCUCGCCACCAAGGAGUGAUGGUGGGUAUGGGCCAGAAGGACUCUUACGUCGGUGAUGAGGCCCAAAGCAAACGCGGUAUCCUGACUUUGAAAUACCCCAUCGAGCACGGAAUCAUCACCAACUGGGACGACAUGGAGAAAAUCUGGCACCACACCUUCUACAACGAGCUGCGCGUGGCCCCUGAGGAGCACCCCAUCCUCCUCACCGAAGCCCCCCUCAACCCCAAAGCCAACCGCGAGAAGAUGACCCAAAUCAUGUUCGAAACGUUCAAUACCCCCGCCAUGUAUGUGGCCAUCCAAGCGGUACUCUCGUUGUACGCUUCGGGGCGUACCACUGGUAUUGUGUUGGAUUCGGGCGAUGGGGUCUCCCACACAGUGCCCAUCUAUGAAGGCUACGCCCUUCCGCACGCUAUCCUCAGGUUGGAUUUGGCCGGGAGGGACUUGACCGAUUACCUCAUGAAAAUACUCACUGAGAGAGGGUACUCGUUUACGACCACUGCAGAACGGGAGAUUGUGAGGGAUAUCAAGGAGAAGUUGUGCUAUGUGGCGUUGGAUUUCGAACAAGAGAUGGCAACAGCCGCUAAUUCGACUUCUCUGGAGAAGAGUUACGAGUUGCCCGAUGGACAGGUUAUCACAAUCGGGAAUGAGAGGUUCCGGUGCCCGGAAGCCCUCUUCCAGCCGUCGUUCCUGGGGAUGGAGUCCUGUGGGAUCCACGAGACUGUCUACAACUCCAUCAUGAAGUGCGACGUCGACAUCAGGAAGGAUCUGUAUGCCAAUACGGUACUCUCUGGGGGCACCACCAUGUACCCAGGUAUUGCGGAUAGGAUGCAGAAGGAGAUCACGGCUUUGGCCCCCUCGACCAUCAAAAUCAAGAUUAUCGCUCCUCCUGAAAGGAAGUACUCGGUCUGGAUCGGUGGCUCGAUUCUGGCAUCUUUGUCCACUUUCCAGCAAAUGUGGAUCUCUAAACAAGAGUAUGAUGAGUCUGGACCUGGAAUUGUUCACCGUAAAUGCUUCUAAAGUUGGGGUUACGUGACUGUGGCAAACACUGCCGGAUGAUUUCAUGGAAUUUUUCUAACGAAUUAUAAGACUUGUGUACCUACACCUCUCCAAUUUAUUCCUAAGAGUAUUGUAAUGUUUUAGUUUUUAUCGGAUAAGUUUAUUUAAUGAUUAAAUUUAAUACCUGUAAAAAUUAAUGUAGUUAAAAUGAAAAAUUAUCUAAUGAAGUGUUUUUAUUAAA